AUGGCUAACAGGACGGAUAAAACAGCAAAAACAGUGAAAGGUGAACAAUUUAAAUUAAAGUCGGAUGAAAUGAUCAAUUGCAGGUACAAAUCCCCAAUUUUUGGUUGAAAAAAUUAUUCGCCAGCGUAUUUAUGACAGUCUCUACUGGAAAGAAAACUGCUUUGCUUUGACUGGUGAGUUCCUCGAAAUUUCCUACAUCUUUUUUUUUUUCAUUUUUUUCAGCCGAACUAAUUGUCGAUAAAGGCAUGGAUCUGCGAUAUAUCGGUGGAAUUUACGCGGGAAACAUCAAACCGACGCCGUUUCUCUGUCUUUCCCUCAAACUGCUCCAGAUUCAGCCGGACAAGGAAAUCAUCAUCGAGUUCAUACAACAGGAAGAGUUCAAGUAUUUCAAGCGAGUUCCGAAUGAGGAUGUAUCUUUUUUUUUUCCAGAUACAUCAGAGCGAUCGGCGCUAUGUAUCUCCGGCUGACUUUCGAUUCGGUCGAAAUUUACAAGUACCUCGAACCUUUGUACAAUGACUUCAGAAAGCUUCGAUUCAUGAACAAAAUGGGUCGUAAGUUUAUUUUUUUCAAUUAUUCGUUUAAUCGUUGUUUUUAAAAAGUUCUGUCUUGAUUAUUCUCACCGUACAGUUAGGUUAGCCUUACUUUAUAAUAGUUUGUUGGGCAAAGUUUUCCUAGAAGUUUUUCAAAUUUUCUGCUUAAAAACGGUUCAGCUCUCCAGAAUCAAUCACUUUAUUUUUUUUAAAGUAAAUUUUCAAGUGAAUUGUAAUAGCUUGUUCUUUGCUUGAUAUAAUCAGUAUUCGGCGUUUUUUGGACAAAGCUUAAGAUCGAACAUAUUGGAAGAACUUGAAAAGAGCUUGUAUCCAAUGAAACUGAUUUUAAAAAAUCAGUAAUAUUCUUAUCCCAAUCAUGAAUUUUUUCGAUUUCAAGGCUUCGAGGCAAUUUACAUGGACGAUUUUGUCGAUCAUCUUCUGCGAGAAGAAAGAUACUGCGAUAUCCAGUUGCCUAGACUUCAGGUAUUUUUUUUUUCCAAACGAGGACUAUUUUGAUAAAACGUUUCACAGAAAAGAAUGGCGUUGGAAGAAAUCGGCAUUCUUCAGCCGUUCAAGAGCAUUUUAGACGAGGAUCUCGACAAACUCAGUGCUUCUGAAAGUGAAGACGAAGACAAAAACAAGAAGAAGGUAUAUUUAGGACAUAAUUUUUCUCCUCAGUUUUGAAACGCUGUUCUUGAAGGAGAAACCGCGGCUGACUUCUCGACGGCGAAGUCGCAGCCGCGACCGAGAAAAGGACCUCGGAGAUCGUCGUGAGGAACGAGAGCGCGAAAAACAAAAGUUUGUUCUAUUAUUAAUAUUUUGGGAAAAAAAAAAAAAAAUUCUUUAUAAUUUUUUUAAAAUCUUUUUCUUACAACGAAAUCAGAUUUUUUCGAGAAUUGCAAAAGUUUUGUCUCGUCAGUUCAGUUUAACUUGAUAAUAAAAAAUAUUCUACAGUUAUCACUUGUCCGUCGUUUGAAAAAAAAGCAUAUAUAAGCGGUACUUGAAAUUAGAUCAUAAAAGAAGACUCAAAGCUUAAUUUCCAAGGGAAAGACGCGAACGAGGCGACGAACGCAGCGACAGGCAUCGCGAGCGCGACAAUGAUCGCGAUCGGGACCGCGACUAUGACCGCGACCACGAUAAAGGCCGCAGCAAAGACAAGGACCGCGAACGAAGAAGUUUUUUUUUUAUUUACAUCCAUAUUCCAAAAUAUCGUCUCUUUAGUUCAAAUUCUUCUUUUUCCAGAGAAGUUUAAUUCAAAAAAAAAAAACAGGAACGGUCAUAUCUGAUGUAUAAUGUAAAAAUAAACAGAGUUAACCAUCAUAAAUCAACAAAGAUUUUUUUGUAAUUUCACGAAGUUUUAAAAGUUAUUUUUUUUGUAAAAGAUCAGACCAUAAUUUUUGAAAUGGUGACUAUUAAAAAGGGUAAUUUCAGAAACAAAUUUGAAAAAAAUAACUAAAAGACAGAAACACAGUUUCUUGCUAUUAGGAGUUGGAGGUGAUUGCAAAUAAUGCCUGAUUCUUUGUAUGAAAUUUGAUGGCUCAAAUAUCUCAGAUGAGAAAGAUCGGCGAGACAGGGACAGAGGCGGGCGGGAUAAGGAAUCUGACAGGAGAUCGGGCAAGAACGAGGAGGAGCGGGAGAUCGACGAGAUGAACAAGCUGCGCGCCAGUUUAGGCAUGGCUCCGCUCCAACGAUAA